AUGGACGAGACGAUUCAAAAGUCUGCGAUUAUGGUCAAGAGGCUCCGGUCAAAGUCAGAAAGUAGAAAGUCGGAGAAUGAGUACGGAGACGAAGUUGACCCUUCAGACGAACAACAUGGACAAACACCACCAUACAAACGUCAGUUGCAGAGCCAUCAAAGUGAAAAGGUGCGAGACUUUAUGAAGAACCAGAUCACCAUCCCUUCAGAUGCACAUGUGCUUUGCGACAUCUGCGACCGCGGAUUCCACCAGCAGUGUUAUCGACCCUACAUCGACAACAAAUAUAUCGAGAUCACGGAGCUAGAAUGGGUUUGCUAUGCUUGCAGUUUACCCCACAGCACCACCAGCUCGCAGGGAUUGUCGGCGAUGACAGAGGACAUGACGCUCUCAGGCGAGGAGGUUUCACAGGAAAUCAAGGAGAACUAUCUAAAGUCCCUCUCCAAGGCAAACCUGGUCAAGCUGAUUACCCGGAUCGAAUCUAGCUCACCCUCCAUCAAGCUGUACCCGUCUCGUCUCUCUUCCCCUUCUGCCACACCAUUGGACCAAGAGCGCUUCAUGUCUUCUACCAUUGCCGAGAACAUCCUGCCCUUUGAUUCACGCCCGGGCAAGGACAAUACUGAAUCGAGCCCAAUCAAUCCGCCUAUGCAGGGGGCUCAAGCUGACUAUUUUGAUCCGUAUGUUGCCCAUGUCACACCUGCCGCAGGACAAUCGUCAGGAAAAGCCCAGUCGUCGAUCAAUACCGAUAAUCACGUCCAAGCAGCAGUGACAUCAUCCUCGAGACCUCCUAUUGCCUCUGAUGGUGCCGAGUUCCCCACCAACAACAGCAUGCCAUAUCCUCUUAGUCAGCCAGCAACACCGAACGCCGCCAGCCAUACUGGACGACAGACACCUAUUUCUGGCUUGACAGGUUCAUACCACUCUGUCAAGGCCCAGGACCUGCCUCCGUACGAGGAAAUGAUCUUUAUGGCCAUCGCAGAUCUCAAGCAAGACGCUGGCAGUGCUCCAAAAGCAAUUCUUGACUGGGUUCAAGAGCAUUAUCCAGUUCCAGAGACUUUUCGCGCGUCGUGUGGGCAGGCGAUAUCCAAGGCUGCCAAGAAGGGCCGGCUCUUGAAAGAGGGCGCACUUUACAAGCUCAAGCCAGGCUACAACUAUCCAAGAAGGAUCUCACGGCAGAGCGGAACUACCCGAGCCCGGUCCCAGUCCUACAACUCUGCGCUGCCGCCGGGUAUCCCUGUCCUUGACCCGUCCAACCGUGGCAACGCCAUGACCACAAAUUAUGACCAAAUCAACUCGCUCAUCGAUGCUGGCUUGUACGGACUGCUCCCUGGAACAACCUUCCCUGUGCAAAAUCAAGCUCUCGGACAGCAGGUCUUUGCCAGCAUGGGAUCUAACGCCAUAUCAGGCGUCCAGCAAUCCGCGACGCCCUUCAAGUUUGAUGCGCAGUCAUUUGGACAUCCCCUGACCCUUCAGACUACAGGUCUUGCAGGCAGCAACAGCCCUGCGGAUCCUAAAAGUCGCAACAUGGCCGGGCUUAUUGGCCUCGGAGUUACCAAUUCUCCCAGCGGAAACACCAGCGACAGUGAUCUCGGAAUGGAUUCGGACAUUUUAGGGCCACGGUCCUCCAGCAUUUCCUCGAAUUCAUCGGGACAGCAAUCGUUGCCGGGGAGUCUCCAAGGGUCUGGCACGUUUGCCCCUCGGGCGCUUCAAACACAGCGUACGCAGCCAUCACAGCAGACGUUUCCUUACGACAGGACAUGGGCGAUGAAUGCCGGCACAGGUCUUCAAUCACCAGGUGGCCUUGCAAGGAUGCCUUCAACCCCAGGAAAGAUUCAAACGCCGAGCAUGUUUCCCCGACAGGUUUACCAGGGUCGCGUGGGAGGCAUGGCAUCUCCAUUACAGUUUUCGACGGCGCCUUUCGGAGACCUCGGAUCCAUCACCAUACCCGCCCAACCACAGUCACAGUCUCCACAACCUCAUUCGACAUUCAUGCCUCAGACGCCUGUGUCACAGGGAGGACUCUCGACCAACCCUGUCAUGCAAGGUCAAGGCGGCCAAUCUGGCGCACCAAUGUUCCCGUCCAUCUUUAUCCCCCAGAAUUUGCAGCUAUCCCAGACUUUCCCGCAGCCACUGCAGAAUCAACAGCAGCAGUUACAGCAGCAGCAGCAGCAGCAGCAGCAGCAACAACAACAACAACAACAACAACAACAACAACAACAACAACAACAACAACAACAGCAGCAGCAGCAACAACAGCAACACCAGCAGCAGCAGCAACAACAACAACACCAGCAACAACAACAACAGCAACACCAGCAGCAACACCAGCAACAACAACCACACAUGUUUCCAGCACAGACAGCGCGCCUCUACGGAACCAUGUCCCUUCCUGCCUCGCCACAGGAUGUUACGCCUCAGUUCCUGUCGUCGCAGCCUCUCUUUCGAGACCCAACUAGGAUGCCCGCUAACGCCAUUGUAGGAGGUACAGCGCAGCAGCAACAGCAGCAACAGCAACAGCAGCAGGCUCUCCAGGCUAAUGCAGUGGCCAAUGCAGCGAAACGAUACCCUCAGCCCAAUGGGCCCUUUAAUGCUUCGAUGCUUUAUGGCACACCAUAUCAGCAACAAAUGCAACUUGCAUUCCAACAUCAACAACAUCAACAACAGCAACAACAACAACAACAUAAUCAGCAUCAGCACCAACAACAGCUCCUCACUCAGCAGAUUCAGCAGCAACAGCAGCAGCAAGGCGGGCAGGGACAGCUGCAGACGGUGCCGUCUACGCCCGGCCAUGUGGUAGAUGGCCAUGCUGCUUCACUUCAAGUAGAUCGUUCUGCUGGUCAAGGUCAAGGCCCUGCGUCAUUUUCCGGUGGUGGAAAGAAGUCGCCAAUGGAGGAUACCAAUGCUUAG